AUGGAAGCCGCGGGUCGACAAGAAAGUGAUUACAGUCAGGUAAUUGAGACUCUUAUUGAAACCUUUGGAGAAAUGGUAAGCGAAGAUGUGGUACACGCAGUUGUCGAAAAUUGUGGUGGUAAUUUGAAUGAAUCUACCAACGCAAUUAUGAGUUUGACACAUGAUAGUAAAACCCAUGUAUUAUCAAGCAACACAAAACAUAAUAGCAAUAUUGAACAGCACCCAAAUUUGAAUAUGGAUGUGAUAAAUUUGUCGUGUAACCAAAUUCGUGCCUUUGUUGAUGGACAUAACUCUCGAAGACUACAGUUAGCAAAAGGAGAAGUGUCUGGGCAACCCGCUGCUUCGGAUAUGAAAUUUAUGGUUUGGGACAACGAACUAGCGACAAAAGCGGCGAAAUGGGCGUCCAGAGAACAGUUUUUACAUAAUCCAGAUAAAAAUAUAGGCUCAGGCAGAUUUGAAACAGGUGAAAACCUCUAUUCGUACGGCACAACUGAUAGUAAACACAAAAUUGAUAUAGAUGACAGCCUUAAAUCGUGGUUCGACGAACAUCAACACUAUACUUAUGGGCCACUAAGUAUAAGCGAUUUUGACGGCUCGUCGAAAUAUCAAAUUGGUCACUACACUCAGAUGGUAUGGGCUGAUACAACGUACAUUGGGUGUGCGAUAUCACAGUACUGGCAGGCAAACUUAAAAAAGUUUCUCAUAGUUUGCAAUUAUGGUCCUAGCGGAAACUACAUAGGCGAGACGCCGUAUAAAAUCGGCCGAAAUACGAAUAAUUUCCUCAAAUGUGGCACCGAAGACUGCAGUCGUCCUUACGGGGACGAAUGUUGA